GCAACAACCAUCUCGGACAGAAAUGGAUGACGAUAUAGUCAUCAACUUCACUAGCGGCGGAAGUCGUCAAGAUCGCAGCAAAAAAGGCGGUAGAUGGACUGAUAGGGCAUCAGCAAAGCAAAAUGCUAAACGUUCACAACGCUUUAAUAACAAGAAGCAAAAGAGUGAACCAUCCCCACAGCAGGAAGAGCAGCACCCAGUAAAUCCACCAGCGAAGAAAGCGAAAAGCACACCAACUGACAGUCAGAAUGCUAUCGAUAAUCAAGCUACCCAAAAUACUCAGAAUAAUCAAAAGAAGCACGUCGUAUCUUCUCUGUUCACAUUCAAUCCAGAAAUAGAAGAAAUUAAGGAGGAUAAGGGGCCAAAACAACCACAACAGGCACCUUCUAAUGCUCCAUUAGCUUCUACGAGCUCAUUUGAGGGUGCCAAGCUCCAUCCACUCCUCAUACAGCACCUUCGUGAUAAAUUGGAUAUUAAAGCACCUACGCCAAUUCAGAAAUUAGCCUUACCAACUCUCCUUCAACCUACAGAAAAGGACAGUGUGUUGUCUUCUCGCGAUGUUUUCAUACAGUCACAAACUGGUUCUGGUAAAACCUUGACAUACCUCUUACCAAUUAUACAAGAUUUAUUACCACUAGGAGAGCUUUCAUUCAUUGAUAGAAGUAUUGGUACUCUCGCGAUUAUCCUUGCUCCUACACGUGAAUUAGCCAGGCAGAUUUUUGACGUCCUUGAAAACCUUCUCCAUUUGAGUUUGACUUUGAAGGGCGUACCAGAGGAGGAUCAAAAACGUCUUACCCGUUGGCUGGUAGGCGGGCUUCUCACUGGUGGUUCAACUCGUACUCACGAGAAAGCAAGAUUGAGAAAGGGAUGUCCAAUUUUGGUCUCCACCCCUGGUAGACUACUCGAUCAUUUGCAAAACACAACAUCAUUCAACGCAUCUAAAUGUCGCUGGCUUGUUCUAGAUGAAGCUGAUAGAUUGAUGGAUCUUGGUUUCGAAGAAACAAUCACUGGUAUCAUCAAAGGUCUUGAAGGUAGACGUAAACUCACGAAGAAAGCAAUCGAUGAGGGUAGUCUAUCAGAGGUUGGUGGAUGGGAUUUUGACGUCAGACGGCGAAAUAUUCUUUGUUCAGCUACCAUUCGAGAAGAUAUACAAUCAUUCGCAAGUCAACAACUUCUUAACCCUAUCGUAUUAAAGGAAAGCGAUAUAAAGAAAGAUGUAGAUACCAAUGCUGCUGAAGAAUCAACAAAAUUUACACCACCUGCACAAUUAUCACAGAAAUAUGUACAAGUACCACUCAAACUUCGUCUUGUCAGCUUGUUAGCCUUGUUAAGAUCAUUAGCAACAUCAAAAGAAAAUGUUCAAGGGAAUCGUAUAAUCGUCUUCUUCAGUUGUACAGAUUCUGUUGAUUUACAUUUCCAAUUAUUUGGUGGUGUAUCAAUGACAGAUGCUGGUAACCGUAACGUAGAUGAUAAAUUAAGUGUAACAUGUCCUGUAUUACCGAAUACGAAGAUAUACAGAUUACACGGAUCAAUGUCGCUACAAAAUCGUUUAUCAACAGUUAGGGAAUUUACUGAUAAGAAAACAACAGAACCUGCGAUAAUGUUUUGUACAUCAGUCGCUUCUAGAGGUUUAGAUAUGCCACUUGUUCGAGCAGUUAUACAAGUUGACCUCCCAACUGAAGGUGGUGCAAAUGAAUACGUACAUAGGGUCGGUAGAACUGCUAGAGCUGGUAAAGGUGGUGAAGCAUGGUCAUUUGUUGCACCGUCUGAACAUGGUUGGGUUGAUUGGUUAACAUCUCAAUUAGAUUCUGAUACUAAGUCAAUCAAGUUACAUCCAGUUUCUGUUGAGAAUGUUCUUAAGCGUGGUUAUGGUGGUCAAGGUACAGAAUUUGAAAGCAGAGCAACAGAUGUACAAACUUCAUUAGAAAGAUGGGUUAUUGCAUCACCUGAUAAUUCUCAAUUAGCCAGACAAGCAUAUUUAUCUCAUAUUAGAGCUUACGCUACACAUCCAAUAGAGGAGCGUAAAUUCUUCCAUAUAAAGUUACUUCAUCUUGGUCACUUAGCAAAAGCAUUUGCUUUACGUGAAACUCCAACAACUGCUAGUACGACCAAAGCUGAUAUUGCACAAUCAAAGGAUAAUCAAAAGCAUCAAAGCAUUGAACAGAAAAUGCAAGAAUCUGUUAGAAGGAUUGGUAAAUCUACCAAGCGUGAUGGUGAAUUCGCAAACAAUGACACUAGUGAAUUCCAAACUUCAUUGUCUGGUUAUGAUAUGAAACAACCAAAACCAAACAAAAGGAAACGUUAG